AUGAGGGGUAUUUCUGCCCGGGGGAAGCUCCUCGUCGUUGUCAUUGUGGCGAUUCUCACGUGGUUGCUGCGGAGGUACGUGCUGAGAGUUGGACGUUUGUGCGGUGCCAAGCGAAGAUGCGGGGGGAACGGCACGUCAGGCAAGACCGGGAGAGGCAAGCUGCGGCUUGCGCCGAGGAAGGUGGACCUUUUUGUUCAGAAGGCCCGAGAACAGGACGCGUCGGUGGCGGAGACGGCAGAUAUUGUACGGCUAUUUCCAAGGCGCUUUGAAGUUCUGGGCCACGUGGUUGUGGCGAAGCUCAACUCCGGCGUGGCGCGGGAGGAGUUCGCGGUCUACGCCAAGGCGUUUGCCGCGUCCUUUUUUCCGCGCGUUGUCGAUGUUGUGUUGCUGGACACGGAAGGCAUCGAUGGGGAGCUGCGGCUACCAAAGUUGGAGACACUCUGGGCAGAGGACGCCGCGCUAAUAACAAUGCCGAAGGAGUCGUUAAGGUACGCGCUAAAACAGUUUCAGGAACCGUCGUAUAUUUCCCAAGAGGAUUUGAAGCGAUUUGAGGCCUACCCAGAGUCGGUGACGUUCACAACGCACGUGGAAAACGGCAUCCGGUACAGUUUUGACGUCUGCAAGGUGAUGUUCUGCAGCGGCAAUGGAACGGAACGCAUGCACUUUGCCGCCGUUAAUGCUAAGGAUGAGGUGGUGGUGGACAUGUUCGCGGGGAUCGGGUACUUCACUGUGCCCCUCGCGAAGUCUGGCUGCGUCAAAGUCAUUCACGCUUUAGAAAAGAAUGAGACAAGCGUGGGGUUUCUAAUGUACAACGCGCUGCAAAACCGGGUUGGGCAUUUGGUUCGUGCGUACUGCGGAGAUAACCGGGAGGUGGCGUCGGAGUUGUGUGGCCAGUGUGACCGGGUGAUCAUGGGUUACAUCCCGUCCUGCAGUGCCUUCCUGCCGCGAGCCAUUUCCUUCUUGAGGCGCUCGCCGCAUGGGGACCCGGCUGGAACGGUUCAUUACCACUUCCUCUCCGAGAAGGCGACGGCUGUGGCGACCGUCAAGCAACACGCGCGGGCGGAGCUAGGCGAGCGGGUCACGGCGUUGAUGCGCGUCACGGAGGUCCGCACAGUGAAGUCGUACGCGCCGAAGCUUUUCCACCACGUCGCGGAUCUCCGCUUCGAGGCGUCGUAG